CUGCUCCUUCACAUAAUCCUUCACAGUCCUCACGAUGCGUUUCGGCAAGACCCUGGAGCUGAAUCGCUACAAGCCGUGGUACGACAAGUACAUCGACUACACCAAGCUCAAGAAGCUCCUCCGAGACGACGAUUCUGCCCCGAGCUCACCGACGACUGCGACCCCAACUCGUGGCGACGAGUGGACCGACGAGGAUGAGGGAAAAUUCGUGGACGAGCUGGUGAAUGUGCAGCUCGAGAAAGUGCACGAAUUCCAUCGCGACACCUAUGAGAAACUCCGAGAGCGUACUGCUAAAUGCGAGGGCAAGCUGGACGCAAUUGCUACGUCAGGAAAGGAGGCAGAGCAGGGUGACAAUGGGCAGAAGAGCAAUGGCAAUGGCAAGAAACCAAUGCCUAGCGAGGCAGAGCAGAAGAAGAUCCUGACUGAGGUUAUCGCCGAGCUCGACCAGAUCUCCAAGGAGACCAACGAGCUGGAGAAAUACAGUCGCAUCAACUAUGCCGGUUUCCUCAAGGCCGCAAAAAAGCACGACCGGAAGCGUGGAGGAGCAUACCGACUUAGACCGUUGUUGCAAGUCCGACUCGCCGCUCUGCCCUUCAACAAGGAGGACUACGGCCCUCUGCUGUACCGAUUGAGUGCCAUGUACAGCUUCGCACGUCAACAUAUAGAUGGGGAUGCCAAGUCCGACAAGGCGAGUGAGCACCAGGAGAAUCAGGAGGAGUACGUCAGCUACAAAUUCUGGGUACAUCCGGAGAACCUGCUCGAGGUCAAGACGAUGAUCCUCCGUCGACUGCCAGUCCUGGUGUACAACCCGCAAACAGCAAAGGUCGCAGAGGGAAACACUCCUGAUCCUUCUAUUACCAGCAUCUACUUCGACAGUCCUGCAUUCGAGCUAUAUUCAAACAAAGUGGAAAAGAAUGUCGGCUCUUCUUUGAGACUCAGAUGGUACGGCAAGCUCAACAAUAGACCGGAGAUCUUUGUCGAGAAGAAGACUGUCGGCGAGGACAACACAAGUAGUGAGGCCCGCUUCACGACCAAGGACAAGAACGUGCAGAAAUUCAUCAACCACGAAUAUCACAUGGAGAAGCAGAUCAAGAAGUUGGAGGAGCGCGCAGGAGCGGAGAGCAAAGAGGCCCAGUCAAUGCGUAGGUCUGUGGAAGAGAUCCAAGACUUCAUCAAGCAAUACGACUUGCAACCUGUCCUUCGGGCGAACUACACUCGCACUGCUUUCCAGAUUCCCGGCGACAACCGCGUUCGCAUCAGUCUCGACACUGAUCUCGCUUUCAUUCGCGAAGACGCUCUUGACAGCGAUCGACCUUGCAGAGACCCGGAUACUUGGCAUCGUAGGGACAUCGAUAACAAUGAGCUUGAGUACCCAUUCACAUCCAUUCGGAAAGGAGAGAUUACAAGAUUCCCGUUCGCUCUGCUCGAAGUCAAAAUCCGAAACGCGCAAGGCAAGAAGUCUGCGGAGUGGAUCGAUGAUCUGAUGAGCAGUCAUCUGGUCAGCGAGGCACCACGAUUCAGCAAAUACGUUCACGGCGUGGCUCAGCUGUUCGAAGACAACGUCAACACCUUCCCCUUUUGGCUCAGUCAAAUGGAGGUCGACAUCCGCAAGGAUCCACAGCAAGCGUUCGAGGACGAGAAAGCGAAGAAACAAAAAGAGCAAGACGACGAGACCGCGGUCGGCUCGUUCAUCAAGUCAAAGAGUCUCGGCGGCUCCCAUCGCCGUAAAUCCGGCAUCAUCUCCCCUAUGGGCUCUCCAAACAACAACUUCUCCACCUCUGGCAAACGCGCCUCCAUGGUCCCCUCAUCCGACUUCACCAACGUCGCCACCGCAAAUCCCACGGAACGAAACGAAAUUGCCGAAGAACCCGACGACGACGAAACCGGCACGCAAACUCACAACACCGCCCGCAACCCCCCUUCUGGUCUUAAGUCCCUCUUCCCCGCUUUCAGCACGAGUAAAUAUGCUAUGUCCAGACGGCGAGUCCAGCUUCCGCCGGGCGUCGUGGAGCCCAAAGCCUGGAUCAAAGACGCAGGUCCUGUGAAAGUCGAAGCGAAAGUCUGGCUUGCGAAUCAACGCACUUUUAUUAAAUGGCAGCAUGUCUCCAUCUUGCUCGCCUCCCUCUCCCUCGGAUUGUUCAACGCGGCGGGCAAGGACAAUGUCGUCGGCAAGGUGUUGGGCAUCGUGUACACGUGCAUCGCGCUGUUUGCUGCUGCGUGGGGAUAUGGCACGUAUAUGUGGCGGAUGAACUUGAUUCAGACGAGGAGUGGGAAGGACUUUGACUCGGUGGCCGGGCCGGUCAUCGUUUGUGUGAGCUUGAUUGCGGCGUUGAUUCUGAACUUCAUAUUCAAGUACAAUGCUGUGAUGAAGGAGCAGGAAGGACUUGGUGCGCAGCAAGGAUUUUUCAGUCAGAGCGAGUAUUUGUCGUCGUCGACGUUUUGA